AUGAAGCUUUUUGUAUCCAUUUGUUUGCUUGCCUGCGUGAUUUUAACCAAAGCCGCUGACUUCGCCCGAUUUGGUAAUGAUACAUUGAGCGAGUGUGAAAACUGCCAGGCUACUCUAGCGUACUUGAAAAGCAUAGCCUUUUUGGGAGACAAUGCGUUUGUGAAGAUUGCUCAACAGAGUUGCGGGGAGUCGCUGCUGCAAAAAGAUGAUAAUGGUAUUUGCCAAGACACAGUUGCAUUACAAGGGCCUGUUCUGGCAGACACUCUCCGGAACAUAGAACCUACCUCCAGGGCGGCCAUCCUGCUCUGUAUUGGUCUCAUGGGCAUCUGCGAGUAUCCUAGUGUGUCGCUCUUUAAUGUCAGCUUCCCUCCGGAGGGCGAGUCUCAGGGUUCAGCUGCUUCAAAUAGACCCCUGGUGGCCGAGAGAACCUCAAAAUCGAAGAGACCAGCCCCGCUACGGAUAGCACAUUUUUCAGACAUACAUGUUGAUCAGCUCUAUGUCACAGGAUCAAAUGCGAAUUGUUCCAAACCUAUGUGUUGCAGAAACUACACGCUUGCUGAUGAACCCAAUAAUAAUGAUGCGCCGGCCGGUCCGUUUGGUGACCACAAUUGCGGCGCCCCGCCAAGUCUUGAAGAGAGCAUGUACGCCGCUAUUCAUGAAAUCUCGCCUGAUUUUUCCAUCUUCACUGGCGAUAUCGUUGAUCAUGGCAUUUGGAAUACGUCAGCAGACCAUAAUACUAUGGAAAUCAGAAGUUCAUACUGCGCAAUGGCCAAUGCAGGAAUGCAGGUUGCCUAUAGCACGCUCGGCAAUCAUGAGAUGUCCCCUGCAAAUGCCCUUCCACCUUUGAAAUUGGGAAAAGGUGCCGAAUGGUUGUUCAACCUUGCCUCGCAGGUAUGGUCCCGGUUCGUUGAAACACCCUCCGAAGACAUUGAGAAAUUUGGAAGAUACUCGGUCAGGCAUCCCGGUUCCAACCUGCGCAUUAUUUCAAUCAAUACGAAUCUAUAUUACAGAUUCAAUUUUUGGAUGUAUCAAGUGAUGGAUGAAUAUGAUCCAGACAAUCAGCUUCAAUGGCUCGUUGAUGAAUUGGAUUGGGCCGAAAGGCACGGAGAACGUGUGUACAUUAUUGGUCACAUGCCUAUGGGAAGCUCAGACAGCUUCCAUGACACGUCCAAUUAUUUCGACCAGAUCAUUAAUCGUUACAAAUCGACCAUUUCCGCAACUUUCUUCGGGCAUACCCAUUUGGACCAGUUCCAGAUUAGCUAUUCCGAUUAUCAAGCCCGGGAGGCUAAAAACGCUGUAUCAGUGUCGCAUAUUUCACCUUCGAUGGCACCUCUUUCCGGCAUGCCAGCAUUUCGAAUUUACACAGUCGACCCGAUGACAUUCGGCAUUCUGGACAUUGAAACAUACACCGCUGAUAUGGACAAGGAAGAAUUCCAAAUUCAACCCGUCUGGACUAAAAGUUACUCAGUCAAGGAGGCGUAUGGUUCUCUUGUAGAUCCACUUCUAGACCUUUCCCCAACUUCUGAACUGACUCCAGAGUUCUUUCAUAAUCUUACCAUUAUACUUGAGUCUAACGAGAAUGCCUUUCAAGACUAUUGGGCCCGUCGAUCGCGAGGUUGGAAGGUGCAGUCUUGUGACUCAGAAUGCCGAAAACAGGAAAUAUGCCAGCUUCGAGCUGCUAGAAGUCAGGACAAUUGCCACAAGCCCACGGUAAAUAACUUAUUUGGAGCUCGAUGUCAGCCUGAAGUUCCGAGUGCCCAGUGGGCUGGGCGUGAUUUUCUUGCUUAAAUCUAGGCGGGUAGCAGAAGGAGACUUCGAAGUGAGUGUCGUCAAGAAAGCCCUAUUUGCGUUUCUAAAGACCCCGAG